AUGGUAUUCGUUGAAGAGGAUCCUGAAAUUGGUUCUACGAUAAAGCAAACUCUGGAAUCUGGGUUCCCCGUUAAAGUACGCGAUAUUUUUACCCUUGAUAUCGUGGCCCAUUAUCCGCGUCGAGACAGGCGUCUACUCAACCUGGUCGAAGUCUGGCAAUUCCGCAUAGACACAGAGCAUGGACUUGAAACUAGCCAGCAACCUCAGGCUUCCGGUGCCACAUCAUCUAGUCGAAACUCCAAUAAUCUAGUUUCUGAUGUUACCCCAGGAACUGUUGGAGAUGUGGUAGAAACGGAUAGCGAAGACUUUGCAGUUGAAGACUUCGCAGUUGAUGACUUUAGAAAGUCUCGGCUUUUCGAGAAACUCGGAACCAUGCUCAAAUCCAUCAUAGUUGUGUCACGUCUUCUUCCAGGUAUAUCCUAUUUCUUAAUGGCUUUCUCGUGUGCAAAUUUAGUUCAUAUUAUUCCUUUUCCUAUUGUAAUUUGA